AUGCCGCUGAUGAAACCCCCUCGACCCAUGGCUUUACCCUCGCCCAUUGCAAACCUCCGCCACACGGUCGAAGUGACUCUCCUUUCCAGCUACACCAAUGUCCUGCUGGUCUUCGUCCUCCUGGGCAUCCUGUCCGGAACUCAGGGAUGGAACCCGUCGGCAGUAUUCGUGCUGAACUUUUUGGCCAUCUUUCCCCUGGCCUCACUGCUGUCCUUCGCGACAGAGGAGCUGGCCAAGAGCGUCGGACAGACCGUCGGCGGGCUGAUCAAUGCUUCGUUUGGCAACGCCAUCGAGAUGAUAGUGGGAAUCACAGCCGUGACUCAAGGAGAAAUCCAUAUUGUCCAGAGCUCCAUGGUGGGGAGUAUCCUCUCGGGCACUCUGCUGGUCUUGGGAUGCUGCUUCUUCGCCAGCGGCUGCAACAAAGACACCGUUGUCUUCAACGUCGACGUGACGGGGAUCAUGUCGUCACUGAUGAUCGUGUCCUCCGCGGCCCUGAUCAUCCCCUCGACGCUGUACUCUACCGCCCUGUACGCUUCCCCGCAUGGGAGUGAGUACAUCCUGCAUCUGUCGCACAUCACCGCCGUCCUCUUGCUCCUCUUCUACCUAGUCUACCUCUACUUCCAGCUGAGCAGCCACGCCCAACUCUUCAUCGGCACCGAAGACGACGAAGAGGAGGAACGGCAACUUGGUCCCCUCGCCGCCAGCUUCGUCUUAAUCCUGGCAACUCUAGGCGUCACCGUCUGUUCCGAUUACCUGGUCGACGGCGUAGACGGCUUCGUCGAGGCCUACGGCGUCAGCCGCGCCUUCCUGGGUCUCAUCGUGGUGCCGAUUGUCGGCAACGCGGGAGAAUUCGCAACGACCGUGAAGGCCGCGAAGGAGGGGAAAGUCGACCUGGCGAUCGGGCUGAUCUGUGGGAGUACUCUUCAGAUUGCGCUGUUCGUCACGCCGUUUUUGGUGCUCUAUGGAUGGGCCCUUGGGCAGCCGAUGUCGCUGAGGUUUAAUACCUUUGAGACUGCGUGUUUCUCACUUGCGGUGGUAGUGAUGAAUUGUCUGAUUCGCGAGGGGCGAUCGAAUUACUUUGCGGGGGUGCUGUUGUGUGGGACAUAUUUGAUCGUUGCCAUUGCGUUCUAUGUGCAUCCGGAUAUUGUGACGCCGUCGGACGAGCCGCUGGUCAGGGGCGAGCGCGGCGCAUUCCAGUUCUCGCCAGAGCAGCUGAGUGCACUGAUCGACGCGCGAAGCCUCAACACUUUCUGCGCAUACGGAGGCCUUCCUGGACUCGAGAGGGGCCUGCGAACGGAUCGCAAUACCGGGUUGAGCGUCGAUGAGACGAUCAUUCCAGGAGCCACACCCUUACCGGUCCCCCAUCACCAUACCCACACGAUCGGCCAUCAUCACCAUCAUACCGAGCACUUCGCGGAUCGACGACGAAUCUUCGGUGACAACCACCUUCCCGUCCCCAAGUCACCCACGGUCCUUCAGCUGAUAUGGAUGGCAUACAACGAUCACGUCCUUUUCCUCCUGACCGGCGCGGCGAUCAUCUCCCUCGCCUUGGGUCUCUACCAAACGUUCGGAAUCAAACACACGAGCUCGAAUCCGCCGGUGGAGUGGGUGGAAGGCGUGGCCAUUAUCGUUGCUAUCAUUGUGAUCGUACUGGUCGGCGCAGGAAACGAUUUCCAAAAGCAGCUGCAGUUCCAGAGCUUGAACAAGAAGAAGCUAGAUCGCGGUGUGAGGGUGAUUCGCUCCGGUCGGCUGCAGGAAAUUGCUAUCUACGACUUGGUGGUGGGUGAUAUCGUGCAUAUGGAGCCAGGGGAUGUUAUCCCGGCGGAUGGGAUACUGAUUCAGGGGCAUCAUAUUCGAUGUGACGAGGCAUCCGCCACCGGGGAGUCAGACCUCUUGAUCAAGACCACUGGCGAUGAGGUAUCCCGAGCCUUUGCUGAAUGUCAGAACACAAAGCACCUGGAUCCGUUCAUCAUAUCGGGCUCAAAGGUUGCGGAGGGGGUCGGGUCAUUCCUGGUGCUGGCGACGGGCACGCAUUCCAGCUACGGCAAGAUUCUUCUCAGCCUUGAAGAUGAUCCGGGAUUUACGCCCAUGCAAUCACGACUGAAUGUACUCGCCAAGUGGAUUGCCAAGUUCGGUGGUCUUGCAGGCUUGGUGUUGUUUGUUAUUUUGUUCAUGAAGUUCCUUGUUGGACUCCAUCACUCGACGACAUCGGGGGCGGAAAAGGGCCAGGAGUUCUUGAAUGUGUUCAUUAUUGCCCUCACGGUGGUUGUGAUUGCCGUGCCGGAAGGCCUCCCUCUGACAGUGACUCUUUCUCUGGCUUUUGCGACUACGCGGAUGCUCAAAGACAAUAACCUGGUCCGGCAGCUACGGGCCUGCGAGACCAUGGGCAAUGCGACCGAUAUCUGCUCCGAUAAAACGGGGACACUGACACAGAACCGCAUGACAAAUUUCCAAGAUCCGCAGCAUCGGAUCGCAGAGUCGGAGAGCGGGGCGACUUCCGCUGAUUUUGCAGCAAGUCUCAACGAUGUCGUCAAAUCACUUAUUCGGCAGUCCAUUGCCCUCAACUCAACUGCCUUUGAGACAGAUGCAGAUGGGACUCAAUCGUUUGUUGGGUCCAAGACGGAGUCGGCUCUGCUGGAAUUCUCCCGGGAGUACCUAGCCAUGGGUCCACUCGACGUCGAGAGAGCGAACUGUGAAGUGGUAGAGCUAUUCCCCUUUGAUGCUUCUCGCAAAUGCAUGAUUACCGUUGUCCGCGUCGGGGAGGCCUACCGGGCUUAUGUCAAAGGGGCACCGGAAGUGUUGCUGGGCAUGUGUACGGCGGCAAUGGUGGACCCGGCAGAGGAGCUCUCUAUUGUUUCCUUGGAUGGAAGCGCAAAGAAAACUCUGCAUGAGAAGAUCGACAAGUACGCCCGGCGGUCGCUGCGGACGAUUGCGCUAGUCUUCCGAGAUUUCCAGACAUGGCCCCCUAAUCAGACCGGGGAGAUCCAGUCCGAUACGCUUGAUAUCGCGGAUGUCUUGUGUCAUCUGACCUUCAUCGGUAUUGCCGGUAUUCGGGAUCCCCUGCGCCACGGGGCUCGCGAUGCGGUGGAGACUUGCCAUAGAGCGGGCGUGACGGUGCGCAUGGUGACAGGUGACAAUCUUCUGACAGCGCGAUCUAUCGCCGAGGAAUGUGGCAUCGUCUCCAGCGACGAGGACAUUGCGAUGGAAGGGUAUGAGUUCCGAGCUUUGGACGAGGUACAGCAGCUUGAGAUCGCGCCGCAUCUCAAAGUCCUGGCUCGAUCUCGCCCGGAAGACAAGCGUACGCUGGUCCGACGACUGAAAGAACUGGGUGCAACAGUGGCUGUCACCGGAGACGGAACGAAUGACGCCCCGGCUCUGACCGCCGCCGAUGUUGGCUUUUCGAUGGGCAUCUCAGGGACUGAGAUUGCACGCGAAGCAUCAGCGAUUGUUCUCAUGGACGAUAAUUUCAGCUCCAUUGUCAAGGCGAUCAUGUGGGGGAGAGCAGUCAGCGAUGCUGUCAAGAAGUUCCUGCAGUUUCAAAUCACUAUUACAUUCACCUCUGUCGGCCUGGCCUUCGUCACAUCCGUCGCCAGCUCGAGCGAAACAUCGGUUCUGACAGCCGUGCAGCUGAUGUGGGUGAAUCUAUUCCAGGACACCUUAGCGGCCUUGGCUCUCGCGACGGAUCCCCCGUCCCUCAAAGUCUUGGACCGGAAACCCGAAAAGAGGUCGACUGCCUUGAUCACUGUAGCGAUGUGGAAGAUGAUCGUCGGCCAGUCCAUUUACCAGCUCGCCGUAACCUUGGUGCUGUACUUCGCCGGCAACAGCAUCUUCUCCUACACGACCUCGCACGAACACGAUCAACUCCAGACAGCCAUCUUCAACACCUACGUCUGGAUGCAGGUCUUCAACCUGUACAACACCCGCACCCUCGGAAACAACCUCAACCUCCUUGAAGGCGUCCACCGCAACUGGCUCUUCAUCGGCGUCAGCCUCGUCAUGGUCGGCGGACAACUGAUAAUCAUGUUUGUUGGUGGCCGCGCAUUCUCAAUCAGCCAUCUUACUGGCGUGCAGUGGGCCUACUCUGUUGUCCUGGGGGCCAUCUCCCUCCUGGUUGGGGUGGUCGUGCGUCUGAGUCCGGAUGCGUUGUUUGAGAGGCUGCUGGGUGGUUUAGGGGUCGUCACUGGGCCUGUUCUGAGGACUCUGCGUCUGCGAAAGGGAGAAUAG